UGGAAGACACAGAGUAACAGUAAUGCAAAGAUGGGGAACAAACUUCCAUACUGGGGUUCAGCGUUUCUAAUACAAUAACGAACAAGAAUGUUAGCAUUUCGCAGCAGCCAUUUACACUAAUAACCUUAACCAAUUGCAAAACCCUAAUUACGCAAACGUGUCAGCAUCAACUCGUCGACGAUACAACUGGAAUUCAAUGAGACGUUAAAACAACAGCUGCAAUAAUCAGUUUGGUGUUCCGUGCUGAGAGAACGUUCACGUUAACUGGACCUACAGUGAGUUGAACCGUAACUGGGAUGGUAACAUGGAGAGAGACAAUCAACAAACAGGAGAGGCAGAGGGAGUGAAGAUUUGUGAUCCACCCUCCGAGAACUCCAUCCCAACUGCUGACAGCUUGGCGACAUCUCUCUCCCUGUUGGGAAAUCACAUGUUUCCUGAUCACCCUGGGCCAGUGGAGGGAGAUGACCAAGUCCGUGUGACUACCGAAGACUCAGCAGAGUCACUGCUCACAGAUGUUACAGCCGAGGAGCAGAGUCUGGAUCCAGAACCGGAGUCAAGCCAGGUUACAGAGCCAAAGACAGAGGAGUUGGUAAACUCAGAAUGCCAGAACAGCAUGUAUACCCAGUCAGCUGAUCAGGUCCCCGAGAAGGCUGCCAUUAACCAUGGCCAGGAUGACUCUGGGGAAUUUGUUGUUACAAUGCUCGCCAGAGGCAAGCUUGAAGAGCAAGGUGUAGGUGUGAAGGGGAGGUCGUCUCCGUUGUCAGAGACUGGCACCCCAGAAGUGCCAGCGUUUCUAUCCCACCGUGAUGAGGAUGUGACAGCUGAGAGCUGGCGGCAGCACAGGAAGCACAUUUUUGUGCUAAGUGAAGCAGGCAAACCCAUCUACUCCCGCUAUGGAAGUGAAGAGGCCCUCUCUUCAACCAUGGGAGUCAUGAUGGCACUGGUAUCUUUUGUCCAAAGUGGCGAUAACAUCAUUCGUUCAGUCUAUUCAGAGGAACACACAGUGGUGUUCUUGCAGAAGGGUCCUCUGGUACUGGUCUGUGUGUCUAGCAGCCGUCAGUCUGAGCAGCAGUUGCGUGGAGAGCUCCUCUACGUCUACUAUCAGAUCAUCAGCAUGCUCACCCAGGCCAGCAUCACCCGCAUCUUUGAACACAAGAAAAACUAUGAUCUGAGAAGGCUGCUGGCAGGCUCUGAGAAGAUCCUGGAUGGACUUCUCAACUUGGUGGACUCUGACCCCAGCUUUCUGCUGGCAGCAGUGCACUGUCUACCCCUGGUUUCUUCUCUCAGGGACUCCCUCAGCCAGAUCCUGCAGAAGGCCAUCACCCCCAACCUGGUCUUCUCCAUCCUCAUUGCUAAGAACCAGCUUCUUACCAUCGUCCAGGAGAAGACUGUCAUUGAAGAUGCUAGGCUGGAGCCUGCUGAUGUUCACCUCCUACUCAACCUCAUAGGAGCCUCCUCUGCCUUUCAGGCUGGGGAGAUCUGGACUCCCAUCUGCCUCCCUCUCUUUAACCCUGACUGUUACUUUUAUGCUUAUAUUUCUUACCUGGACCCUCCAGAAUGCACUGUGUGCUUGCUGUUGCUCUCCACGGAUAAAGAGGCCUUCUAUGCUGUGGCUGAGUGCAAGAGGAGGAUAGAGGAGGCCAUGGUGAUUCAGAACUCCCUGAGCCUCAUAGCUAAGGCCCAGUCAUACAGUGUGAGCCAGGUGGGCGUCUCUGACCUCAGACAUUUCAUGUACAAGCCCUUUGAUGUACCAGAUAACCACCGCCAGCUCACCCAGUUCACCAGCCCAGAGAUGGAGGCCCCGUACGCUAGUGAGGAGGAGAAAAUGAGACUGCUGGACCUGUACCGUUACAUGCACAGCCGCAUUCACAGCUCCUCCCGGCCCCUGAAGCUCAUCUACCAUGUUGCUGAGAGGGAAACACUUUUAGCCUGGAUCACAAGUAAAUUCGAGCUUUACACCUGCUUUAGUCCCCUGGUGACCAAGGCUUGCGCCAUCACUGCGAUUACUAAACUUCUGCGGUGGAUUAAAAAGGAGGAAGACCGUCUAUUCAUUCGGUACCCCCCAAAGUAUUCAACCACCCCAAACCCCAGCAAGAGCUCUCGUGGAGCAAAGUCCGACCACCACGACUCCACAGAUAAUGGCUUCUUGUCUCCACUAUAGGGCCCACGUAGUGCUGCUUGCUCUGACGCUACACUGCUCCUUGAACAGUGAAGUUUGCACAUUGACUGCAAGAUUUAUUGAGACCCUAACUCCUUAGGAUCUGUAGGACUCAAUGGACUUGGACUACUGGACUCAAACACUAAGUUUUACACUAUUUAAGGAAUGGUCUCUUUGGAACAAGUGUUAUUUCUUUUCCUUAACAAGGAAGCAUGUCACUGCUUUCAGUAAGAUAGUCAGGGAAAAACAGCAAAAUGAAAUAUAAAACAGGACAUUUUAAAUUCAAAUGUUAGAAUAUCAUUGCAAUGAUAUUUAAAUGUUUUUAUAUUGUUUUAUUACGGCAACAAUAUGGUAUAACUAUCGCAAUCAGAUUGAAUAAUUUGAGAAAAAAGUUAUAUUUCUCUGUCUGGAGCUUAUUUUCUUUCGAUCAUAUUGAAAAACACUCAUAGAUCUCAAAGCAUCAGAAUAGGGUAUUGCAGAAAUGCAAGUUGAUGUGUUUUGGGCCUCCUGGAACUGGAACAGUAAGAACUUGAAUACAAUGUAUUGUUUGGUAGUCCAGAUUUCUACUCCAUUAAAACUGGUCAAUCUCUAUCAAUGUUACAUUUUGUGCAAAGAAAAGAAAAGAAUUGUAAAUAGUGACUUUCAAAAUGCAAAAUGAUAAAUGUGGGAAAAAAAAUU